AUGGAGAUACAAAGAACUGUUACUCGAAAAAUCAACCCCGAAAGAAGAAUCAUCCUCCAUCAAGACAAUGCAAGCUCGCACACAGCCCCAAAAACAAGGCAGUAUUUAACAGAAGAAAACGUUGAAUUAUUGGACCAUCCUCCAUAUCGUCCCGAUCUAAGAACUAACGAUUUCUUUACUUUCCCGAAAAUUAAAAACAGACUGCGUGGUCAAAGGUUCCAAUCACUAGAAGAAGCAGUUGACGCAUUCAAAAAUGCCGUUUUGGAUCUGCCAGCAAACGAGUGGAAUAAGUGCUUCGAAAAUUGGUUCGAGCGCAUGCACAUGUGUAUUAAUCUUCGUAGAGAAUACUUCGAAAAACAAUAUAGUCAUUUAAAACUACCUACCUGGUGCAGACAAUGGUCACUUUGGGAUCAGGAAUGGAACAGUAUUGUCUUUAGUGACGAGUCUCGAUUUUAUUUAGGUAUGCACGAUGGUCCUGCCAGGGUUAGAAGACGACGUGGUGAAAGAAGGAAUCCACAGUUUUCUGUUGAAAGACAUGUUCAUCACACUGUUGGAGUUAUGGUUUGGGGUGCUAUAGCUUAUGGUUCCAGGUCACCUUUAAUCUUCAUCAGAGGUAACAUGAACGCGCAGCGUUAUAUCCACGAACCCCAUCUUUUACCCUAUCUUGACAUCCUGGCAGAUCUAACUUUCCAACAAGAUAAUGCCCGACCACAUGUUGCAAGAGUCACAAUAGACUUCUUUCAACAUAAUGAUGUCACAUUGUUACCAUGGCGACCAAGAUCUCCCGACUUAUCCAAAAUUGAGCACGUGUGGGAUAUGAUGGGUAGGAGAUUGCUCAAUUUGCAACGUCCUCCUCAGACUCUAGAAGCACUUCGAGAGGAGUUGGUGCUUGCCUGGAAUGAGAUACCACAGGAGGACAUUGACCACCUGAUCAGAAGCAUGCCUAGGCGCGUUGGAGAAUGCGUAGCACAUCAGGGUGCAUCCACACAUUAUUAA